UGAAAUUUAGAUUUUUCUGAAAAAGAAGUAGUUUUCUUUGCUCUUUCGUAAGAUCAGUUCAUUCCAUCUCUCUCUCUCUUUCUCUUUGUCUCAGUAAGUCAUCAAUUGAGAUCUAUGGAAGCAACUCAAACUCCAAGCAAAAGUGAUGAUGGACACCUGAUCACUGUGCUGAGUAUCGAUGGUGGUGGCAUUCGGGGAAUCAUUCCAGGAGUUUUACUUGGUUUCCUUGAAUCAGAACUUCAGAAGCUGGAUGGUGCUGAUGUAAGGCUAGCAGAUUACUUUGAUGUGAUUGCAGGAACAAGCACCGGUGGAUUAGUCACUGCAAUGCUCACUACUCCAAAUGAAAAUAACCGACCCUUGUAUGCAGCCAAAGAUAUUAAGAAGUUCUACCUUCAGAAUUCCCCAAAAAUCUUCCCACAGAAUAGUCCCUGGAAUAUAUUCUCAACAGCGAUGAAGUUCGGAAGAACUCUGACUGGACCACAGUACGACGGCAAGUAUUUACACAAACUCAUCAGGGAAGAACUAGGGGACAAAAAAUUGGAAAACACAUUAACCAAUGUCGUUAUCCCGGCAUUUGAUAUCAAAAACCUUCAACCCACCAUCUUUUCCAGCUUCCAGGUGAAGAAGAGGCCAGAUUUGAAUGGGUUGUUGUCUGAUAUAUGCAUUUCAACUUCAGCAGCACCAACCUACCUUCCAGCUCAUUCCUUUGAAACCACAACCCCCGAUGGUCCUUCCAAAUUCGACCUUAUAGAUGGUGGUGUAGCAGCAAAUAACCCGGCACUGGUGGCGAUUGCAGAAGUGUCGAACAAAAUCCACAGUGAAGGUUCAUUUGAAAACAUGAAUGUGAAACCGAUGCAAUACAGCAAGUUUUUGGUGAUAUCAUUGGGAACAGGUUCUCAGAAACAAGAUAUGAAAUACAGUGCUGCUGAGGCAUCUUCAUGGGGCGCGUUGAGCUGGGUUUCCAACGGCAGUGGCACUCCUAUAAUCGAUGUCUUCACUGAAGCUAGUUCUGACAUGGUUGAUUUCCACAUCUACUCCGUUUUCCAAGCACGCAAUGCUGAAGAAAACUACCUCCGAAUCCAGGACGAUACUUUAACUGGGGACUUGUCUUCGGUUGACAUUGCCACGGAGAAGAAUUUGAAUGGCCUCGUCCAAGUUGCGGAAGCAUUGUUAAAGAAAACAGUUUCAAAGAUUAACUUGAGGACUGGUGUUCAUGAAAAUGUGGAUUCUAACGAAACAAAUGCAGAUGCCUUGAAGAGGUUUGCGGAACGACUAUCCAAACAAAGGAGAUUUCGUAAAUCUGUAAUGUCUAAGUACAAAGAGAAAUUUUCAAACACGAAGGGAUGAGAGAUAGUUGUUGUUCGGUCUAUAUGAUAUAUGAUUGGUGUUCUGUUCAUUGUAGUCAUGAUCUAUUUCAUCGUGUUGAGUCACAAUAAAUUCAGUGUCCUUCUAAACGAUUUGUUUCUUUGAUUUCAUGUUACCGAAGUCUUUGUAAUGUAAUAAUUUGGGUUACACUAUAAUGUUUCUAAAUUCAUUUUA